CGUUUACUCAUUAAUUCAUUUAACAGCUAAAAGGUCACUCCACAAGUCAAGACUGUCAGUCCCUUCUCAGCGCCAGGCACACCGCUCCAGAACAUUGAUGACCUCUCGCAAUUGCAGUCAAAGACAGCUAUUAUACGUGCCUCGAAAAUGAUCACUGAUCGCCUCCUCCUGUCGCACCGCAGUCCAAGAAAGAUCGAUAUAAACCAAUGCAGCCCAAGUUUGCUUCUAUCAAGGUCACCAACCCCAGUCCCCCAUCUCAAGCGCAGCUAAAGACAGCGGUUUCGAAGGCGCACCGAAGGAACGUCACGGUCGCGGUUUUUCACUUCAUCCAGAAAGGCGCGCAUAAAGAUGAUCUGGAUUCUGAAUUUGAGACUUUGGAGAAGAACCUCAAACGUGAACCUCCUCCAGCAGUGGACUGGUGGGACGCAGCUCUACUGCCUAGCAAGAUUUACGAUGAUCUCUUCUCGGGUUCUCGCAUCUCAAUAUCCUUACCCAGGUAUACGAUGAUGACUAUAAUAUACCACUACAGGAGCAAAAGCAGAUGCAGAAACAGCGCCGUCAAGCUGACCGUGAAGAUAAACGCGAUCGUAUUCGUAUGGGUCUCAUCCCUCUCCUCCCUAACAUCCUUGACCUUAACCUUACUCACUUUUCUCGUCACACAGUCCGUCUAUCGAAUCUCAUGAAAGUACUAACAUCAGACGCAGUCCAAGACCCCACCCACAUCGAAGCUCGCGUCCGCAAAGAAGUCGCAAUGAGAAAGCACUCACGCAAAUAUGAACGCGGAACGGAAAUUCACUGACGAACAACGCCGAGAUAAGAAGAAGAAUAACAAAUCAGAGGAGGAAGAGAAUGGUAUCGUGGGGGCUGUUUUCAAGGUGAAAACGCUCACAGACUCAUCCCAUCGGAUCAAAGUCCGCAAAAACGCCGAACAGCU